CGCUGCGCUGCGCUGCGAGAGCCUGCGACCAGAUCGAGCCGCCGACCCAAAACCACACCACACAAGCUCUCCUUCACGCACCACCACCCUCCCCUCCUCUCUCUCCCUCGCUUGGCCUUGCUUGGCUCCCCCCUCUCUCUCCUCCCUCCCACACGGGCGCCCACGCCUCGCCACCCCGCUCCCCUGACCGCCGCAACCCCUUCGAUCCGCCCGCGCCCCUCCCCGCCGAUCGCGGGGGCCUCGACACCGCCGCCGGCUCGCCCUCCGCGAGCGCCCAAACCCUAGAUCUGGUGCGGAUCCCGCGCCUCCCGCCACCUCGCCGCCAUGUUCUGGCGCAUGACCGGCCUCUCCGCGGCCUCGCCCGUGGAUACAAUUCUAGACAAGGAGAACUUUACAUUGGAGGAGCUUCUUGACGAGGAUGAGAUUAUUCAAGAGUGCAAAGCACUGAAUACUCGACUCAUAAAUUUCUUGCGAGAUAAAGCCCAAGUGGAGCAGUUACUUCGUUACAUCAUGGAAGAAGUUCCGGAGGAUUCAGAGAAGAAACGAUCUUUCAAGUUUCCAUUUAUUGCUUGUGAGAUUUUUACUUGUGAAAUUGACAUUAUCUUGAGAACCUUGGUAGAGGAUGUUGAGUUAAUGGAUUUACUUUUCUCAUUUGUAAAACCUGACCAUCCACAUAGCACUUUGCUAGCUGGUUACUUCAGUAAGGUGGUGAUAUGUUUGAUGCUACGGAAGACUGCUCCUCUUAUGAAUUAUGUUCAGGAGCAUCCAGACAUUGUUGUCCAGCUUGUUGACCUCAUUGGUAUCACUUCAAUAAUGGAGGUGUUGAUGAGAUUGAUUGGUGCUGAUGAAACCAUAUACUCGAAUUUUGCGGAUACAUUGCAAUGGUUAGAGAAUACAGAUGUCCUGGAAAUGAUCGUGGAUAAAUUUAGCUCAUCUGACUCCCCUGAAGUACACGCGAAUGCUGCAGAAAUCCUUUCUGCAGUAACUCGAUGCGCCCCCCCUGCUCUUGCUGCAAAAAUAUGCAGCCCAAGUUUUGUUGGUAGGUUGUUUCGUCACGCUCUUGAAGAAUCAAGACCAAAAUCUGUUCUGGUUCAUUCACUGUCAGUGUGUAUAUCUUUGUUGGACCCAAAAAGACUAGCAUCAGCCUCAUACCAAGCAUUUAGAAGUAACUUAAGUCACGGGACGCUGGUCACCGCUAGUCCAGAGACAGUUGAUGGUAUGCUGGAGAGUUUAGGUGAUUUGCUGAAGCUAUUGGACAUUACUUCUUCUGAAAAUGUUUUGCCUACUACGUAUGGAUGUUUGCGUCCGCCUCUUGGGAAACACCGUUUGAAGAUUGUGGAGUUCAUCUCUGUUUUGCUAACAAUUGGUAGUGAAAUUGCUGAGAAGGAGCUAAUAAGCCAAUCAGCAAUAAAGCAUUGCAUUGAUUUGUUCUUUCAGUACCCUUAUAAUAACUUUUUGCAUCAUCAUGUCGAGAACAUUAUUGUUUCUUGCCUCGAGGUUAAAAGAAAUCAACUAAUUGACCAUGUCCUUAAUGACUGUGACCUUGUCGGUAAAGUCCUUGCCGCAGAAAAAAAAUCAUCUCUGUCAGUGGACUCUAAUGGGCCAACAUUACCGUCAGAAGGGAAAGAACCCCCGAGAAUUGGGAAUAUUGGCCACAUAACUCGUAUAGCAAAUAAGCUCAUUCAGUUGGGAAAUAGUAGCAGUGUGAUCCAGAAUCACUUGCAGGAGAACAGCGAGUGGGCUGAAUGGCAGACAGGUGUCCUGGUCAAACGCAAUGAGGUGGAGAACGUUUACCAUUGGGCAUGUGGCCGUCCAACUUCUCUACACGAUCGUGGGAGGGAUAGUGAUGAUGACGACUUCCGAGACAGAGACUAUGAUGUGGCAGCACUUGCAAAUAAUCUUAGUCAGGCAUUUCGAUAUGGGAUAUAUAGCAACGAUGACAUUGAAGAGGCACAAGGAUCCCAUGAACGAGAUGAUGAGGAUGUCUACUUUGAUGAUGAAUCAGCUGAAGUGGUAAUAUCUUCGUUGCGGUUGGGGGAUGAUCAGGACAGCAGCUCCCUCUUCACGAAUUCAAACUGGUUUACGUUUGAUGGUGAUAGAGGAAUCAAUGACCGCUUAGCUGCCUCUGUUCCUUCACCAUCCCCGAAUUCUGAAGAGACUACCCUUAGUAUGGAGGAAACUGAUGAAGUGCUAAUUGGUGAAGCCCCUGGCACUGAGUCACAGCUGGAAAGCGUGUCUCUUGAAAAUGGCCCUGUUGAGGAGACCAAGGAACUAGCAGAAGAUGCUGAGCGCAAUGAUGAGAAACUGUUGUGCACAGAAGAGGAAAAUGUAUCCCAGGAAGCUGAAGCCUCUGAGCGGCCUAUGGAUGUUCAAGAUGGCCAGACUGACACACAAGUUGGAAGUGCAGCUGAAGCCUCAAGUACAGAGGGAGCAGCGGAUGAACCUUGCAGCUCUUCUGAGCCUGGCAAUGCCUUGCCUGGAGCCUUGCCUCAAUCUGCUGAUACUGAAAAUCAGUCUGCUGACCCAUCAGGGUGUAGUGAGAUUGCCCAUGAAUCAGGCUCACCCGCAGAGGUUGAUGAUGGAAAAACGGUUGAGGUUGCCACAACAAAUGAAUGAAGAAUAUGGGCUGGAAUCAUAUCACAAACCUGAGCAGUAUUGCCAGCCAGAUUCUUUUGCAGGUGAGCAAUGUCACCUUGUUUUGCAUCACAUGCUCAGGAACCACGGAGGACCCUUCAGAAUGCAAGGAUGCUGUACAAUUAAAGGCGCUGCUACGCUAUGUGCAGUUGGUUGGCACUGAAUGAAUGAGCAUAUUCGCGCAGGUGGGCAUGCCCUGUUAUGAUCGGACUGCCCCACCCCAUCCCCAGAAGCUUUUUCCUCAGUUCACAUGGACUUCUUAUCCUGUAAUGGUGGGAGAACUAAUUCUUGCCAAUGUCAGUUUGGUGGUUAGAUGGGGAUUAAUUCAUUUGGUGGUUCUGAUUUUGGUACGGUGGUUAUUUCCUUUGUUAGGGUACUCGAACUGUAAUAUUUGCAGCGAGUUUUUCCCGCGUUAUCCCUUUUUUUUGUUCAUUUGGGAAUAGCUAUUUCUGUAAUUGUUACCUGUUCAAGUGAAACAUCUACCUUUCUUUUUGCAUCCUAAGCUGGUUCUCUGCAAAAAUUGGGGCUAAAUCGUUCAGGAUAUACCAUUAUAAUC